CUUUUACGCCACUCUCUCAUCGCUCUCUCUCUCUUGCCCGCCUCCCUUUGCGCCGAUCGUCAUCUCCACCAUCGAGUUUUUUCUUCUCUCCGGGCUCAUUGUUCACCGUCAGUGAACUCAACGAUCGGCGAUCAACCAGUCUUCGAGUCGCAGUAGUUUUGUUUUGUAGGUGGUCAAAGUGUUAGAAUAAACUGAAUUGCAAUGGAGGAGAAACCACCAGCACGGAAGAUGAAAUUUGCUCCAAAAGCUCCCCCUAAACGUGUGCCAAAACCAGAAGUUAAACCUGAAGUGGUUGAGGAUGAUAAUAAUAGUGCACAAGCCACGGAGUUGCUACGCAGAGUAACUGAAAGAUCUUUGCGCAAGCCAAAAGGGGAAAAGAAAGUUCCUGCUUCUCAAGUUGCUUGGAUGGGAGGUGUGGUAAAUUCCACGAGAUCAGAUAAGUACCUAAAUGGAUCAGCUGGUGCUUUUGGCUCAAACGCGACACAGGAGAUAGAGUAUAAAGAACCAUGGGAUUAUUACAGUUAUUACCCAAUCACGCUUCCGUUGAGGAGACCCUAUGCAGGCGAUCCAGAGCUCCUUGAUGUGGAGGAAUUUAUGCAGACUGUGGGAAAUCAUGAAGAUUCACUUAACACUGCCGCUAAUCUUGGUCUGAUGGAAGAUAGUGGUGAACAGAAAAUGAUUUUUAUGAGGUUACCUUCUGUUCCUUUGGUAAAACAGUCAGCAACAACAGAAAACCGUGAAACAAAGCCAAACAGCAAAGGCGGAGUUGAAAAGACUUGUGAUUUAAAAGCCAUCUUGCCAGAAGGUUUCAUGGGAAAACUACUUAUCUACAAAAGUGGUGCUGUCAAGAUGAAACUUGGUGAAGUGCUUUAUGAUGUUAGCCCAGGAUUAAAGAGCGAGUUUGCACAAGAUGUGAUGGUUGUUAACACUGAUGAGAAGAAUUGCUGUCUGAUUGGAGAUGUGUACAAGCAUGCAGUUUUGACUCCUGAUAUUGAUUCAAUCUUGAAAGAUAUUGACAAUAUGUGACAUUCUUUAACUAUUUCAUUUCAUCAAUUUGUUUCCUUCUUUCUUUAUCGGAAGAAGUCAUAGUUUUGACAUUAAGAAAGAAACUAAAAAUAUACUGUAUUUUCUUUUUACUUUCACUAAUAAACAUGCUAAAAAUUAC